CAUCUGUUCUGGAGCUCUUUGUGUGCAUGUGUUUUAAAUGUGAAUAUUUAUAACUCGUAAUAUUUAUUGGUGUAUUCGUCGUUGUCGUCGUUAACUUUAUAAAGAACUUAAGCAAUGAUUGUGACAUUUUCAUCCCAAGGUUUAAUACUGUAGUGAUAGUGUAUUAUUUAAAAAAAUCUUUGUACUUGUAAAAAAGUAAAAGAUUGACUAAGUAAUUUAUUUAUGGUAAAAAAUGGCGUGGUACGAAAAAGUCACAAAACCUAUCCGGGGGUUGCUCAAAUUGGACGAGAAGCCAAAGAUCAACGAAGGAUUAGAAACUUUGCAAGAAUACAAAGACAGAUGGAGAUCAAUUUACAUCAUAUACUUUACUAUGUUCCUAAUUUCCUUGGGAUUUAGUAUUAUUGUAACAGGAGUCUGGCCCUAUCUGAAUAAGUUGGAUCCAACGGCCGGCAAAGAAUUUAUGGGUUGGGUUGUUGCAGCUAAUCCCUUGGGACAAAUGAUAUUUUCUCCAUUAGUAGGAUGGUGGAGUAACAGACUCGGUUCCAUUCGAAUCCCACUAAUAUCGUCAUUGAUAAUAUUCACAGUGUCCAGCGCCAUGUACUCAUCAUUAGAAUUAUUCGAUAAUCACCGAAAAUAUCUUAUGGUCUUCUCAAGAUUCUUGGUCGGAGUUAGUUCAGCCAACAUUGCCGCCUGUCGUUCGUAUCUAUCAGCCGCCACCACUGUAUCUGAAAGAACCAAAGCCGUUUCCAUGAUCUCCCUUGCUCAAGUUCUGGGCUUUGUAAUUGGGCCCGCCAUACAAGUAGCUGUAGUUCCACUAGGAACUGACGGAGUGUGGUUAAUCAAAGAUAAACUGAAACUGGACAUGUAUACAGCCUCCGGUUGGAUAAACGUAUUCCUAUCUGUUGUCAAUAUAUAUCUUUUCUUUCCUUCAAUGUUCAAGGAAUUUAAAAUAGCCACCAAAGAGGCAAUGAAAAAGUCCGGCACCGACAACGAGAAAGACACUUGGAAAAUGUAUAAACCGUCCUACUUUGCCGCGUGGUCUUUGUUAGUUGCAUUUUUCGUGAUCGUUUUCAAUUUUAUGUUACUGGAAACAUUGGGCACGCCAGUCACGAUGGAUCAAUUUGCCUGGUCCGAUAGUACGUCCUUAAAGAAUAUGGGCAUAUUAAUGUGUGUUGGUGCUGUCCUGGCAAUUGCGACAUUUGCUUCCAUUGCUCCCUUGUCCAAGAGAUACUCCGAAGUUACAAUAAUGAUCUGGGGCGGUUUCCUAUUUAUGGUGUUAGGAAGACUGACAUACAUUCCCUUUAUGAACGAUCCCCCACAAAUGUUUGACAAUCCAUUAAAGGUGAAUUUAAGUCUGUACUGCAAAUUAAGGGAUAAAAACGCCACUUUUGAUAUUAUAUCCCAAACUGUGGACUUGAACUACAUUAGUACAACGUUACUCAAUAGAAACAUUACUUUUGACGUCGACGUAACGGAUACGAAUACUCUUCAUGCAAUUACUUUAAAUUGUGGUGACGAUUUGCUAGGAUGCCCUUCAACCCAGGAAUGGUGUACAUACACCCCAGCUAUGACUUUAACUCAGUUUAUUUUGGGAUAUAUUCUGACUGCUUUUGGUUAUCCAAUUGGAGUAACACUGAUUCAGACACUCUUUUCUAAAGUACUGGGACCUAGACCACAGGGUGUUUGGAUGGGUUUGAUGACUGGAUCCGGAUGUUUGUCUAGAGUUAUGGGUCCAGUAUUUGUUACGUUUAUUUACGAAGAAUACGGAACCGUUUGGACGUUUUCCCUGACAACAGUCAUGAUGGCGGUGUGCUUAUUAUGGUUGUUGUUAUUCGCUAAUAAAUUACUACCCAAGGAUUCCUUUAAUGUUGACGAGGAGGAAGGCCGUGAACUCAAAGAAGUUGGCAAAUUCGUAUCGGUGGCUCUUGAUGAGCAACAGGAGACUGAACCAUUGAAAACUAUAGAAUCCUAGAACUGAUUAAGAUAUUGUUUGGUUAUCGAAUAUUGUCAUACGCGUUUGAUGACCAUUUUAUUAUAGAAAUAUAAGGCUAAUUGAAAAAUAAUUCAGUACUUACAGAUAUUUAAAUUUAACUUGCAAUAUUUGCAAUUAUUAUUAUUCUGUGAUAAUAUAUGUGAUUAUGGACUAUAAUAUUGGUAGUAUUUUCUCAUAUAAUUUGUUUAAUUUCUUAAUAUAAUACUGAAUUUUCAUUUACUUAUAUUGAUUAAUUAAGUUUUACGUUAUGAAUAAAUUAAAUUUAUAUUUUAAUUUUUAAUUUUGUUUAUUGGAGUUAAACACCAAUUUAUAUUGCCAAUUAUAAAUUUGAAAUUUUUAUAUUUUAUUUUUUUAUAUGAAAAUCAACAUCAAAUGUAUUUUUUAUAAAUAUUCACAUAUUCAAUAUUGUAUUUAGUUUAUAAUUGUUGGAAAAUCAACACGCACAAAUACUCACAAUAUUUUUUAAAACUGAUAAAUAUAUACAGGGUAUUCAGGUUAGUUAAGGUAGUUGACAUUCAUUUAAAUUGUUUCUAAUGUUAUAAACAUUACUUCAGGUCUACAUACUUCCAAAUAUGAUAAAUGUAUAUUCUUUAAAUCAUAAACAAAUAUAAUAAUCCGGGAGAUGAAACCGAUAUUGUGUAAAUAAAAGUGUCUAUAGUGAGAAUUAAGUUUGCUCGUCUGGUUAGUACUAGUCGUCCGAGAAGAAAUAACGUUAAUAUUUAACUGUAUGUUAAUCUGCUAUUAUAGAUAUAUUAUUUGAAGAUAUACAUUUUUUAAUUACAUGUUACGCACAUUUAUAUAUUUUUGAGAUUUGAUUAAUCAUAUAUAUUUUUUGUAUAUUUCCGGAGUGUAAAUAGUAAUAAAAAUAUAUUUAAUUAUAUUAACAUUUCAUAUUUUUUAUAUGUAUUGAUAAAUUAUAUGGAUUGUUUGGUACUUUUAAAAUUUUAUAUUUAUAGACGUGUAUACAUACAUGUAAUAAUUUAGUACUAUUAAACUAAUAGUAUGUAAUGUUAGUAAUAUAACGAUCUUGCUAAAUGCUCAAUGUUUAUUAUGAAAUAUUUCUGUAUACAAAUAUUCAAUAAAUCAUUAAAUUGA